AUGGGUAAACAAGUUCCAUUCACAUACUCAAAUCAUACGACUUUACUGAAUAUUCCUAAUACGAAAUGUAUCGAUGAGCAUGCAUACCAUUUGAUAGAUCAAUGGCAAUUACCAGUUUUUGUUUUUCCGAAACUUCAACAAGCGCUUCGACUGUUUUUCGAUGAACAAAUCCAAUUAGCUGCAGAUGAAAUCACUCAACUUGCCAUUGAACCUUUAAUCAAAGGUCAACUGGAAAUUCAAACUGUUCUUGAUCAAUGGUUCAAACUCGUCCAAGAAUUCAAAGCUUACACACAUCAUCAGGAACGCCCGAGUGAUGAACAAAUCUUUUCCAACGCCUUUCAGAACGUUCUUCAUACCGGAACAAAUUAUGAAAUACUUCUUCAACUUGAAUAUAUCUAUCAAAGCGAAAUCGAGGAGAUGCUAAAACUUCGCGAUAAACAAUUACAAGAAUUAGAUAUUAAACAUCAUCGGGAGAUGCAAGAAGUUAUUAACGAACCGACGAAUAAAUAUCCUGAUGUCUAUGUUCGAAAUCUUGCUCAGAAACAUAUGGAAGAUAAACAGUCAGUCGAGGGACGAUGGAAUAGUAGUAUAACUGCGUCGAAAGACCAUCAGAAACAACAAUUCAAGGAUCGUGUUAUGCAAUUAUAUGAAGAAAGUUUAGUAUCAAAUAGUUUGCAGCAUUCUACUCAUGCGAAAACAAAUGCACGACAAACUAGCAUUCCUUCAUCACCUCUAUCAGUGAUGAUUGCUGUGUCUGAUCUAGCACCACAUGAAAGUCGUUUGGAAACCAGUUACACUGUACAACUUGGUGCGCAAUUGAAAUCAAUGUAUAACUUACGAUUGAUCCGCUGUGAUAUGCUUGAUUAUUGCCGUAUAAAAACAUCGAAGAAAGAUAAUAAGAUUUUAGUUGAACCACAACGUCUUCAAACAUUGAUGUCUCUGUAUUCGAACGUACUGUGCGGUCUCGUCCUUCUCGUUCCCAAACGUAUUCGUUUGACGACUGCAGAUGUAAAACAAGAAUUUGCAAGUGUAUGCGAACGUUCAACGGACUUUCAUUUUCCAUCCUUUGAACAUCAGUUAUCCAAUAUUGAAGAAUGUCUUCAGCAAGCUAACGAAGCCCGAUCGUUAGCUUCAGCUAGUCUUGAUACCAAUUCGAUGACAAGUAAACAAAGCGAUGGUUCCUUAGAAGAACAAAAUUUGUGUUCUGUCGGUGACUUCUACAUGACUCGCCAUUCAAAUCUAUCUGAAGUUCAUGUUGUCUAUCAUUUGGUAGUUAAUGACAGUGCUUUACGCUCAUCAUCGGAAAUUACUUCACGACAUGCAGCCAUAUUCGGUCUACGAAACAUCUUAAAAGAAUGUUGUAAACAUGAUAUAACUACAUUAACAUUACCUUUGUUAUUAACACACGAUAUGACUGAAGAAAUGACGAUACCGUGGGUUUUGAAACGAGCGGAAUUGGUAUUGAAAUGCUUGAAAGGUUUCAUGAUGGAGAUGGGAACGUGGGGGACAAAUCGAUGUUCAACAAUUCAACUGGUCGUUCCGAAAAAUUUACUUCAUCAAACGUUCUUGCAGUUAGCUGAUCUUGUUCCGACAAUCUUCCGAGAAUCAAGAACAGUGACAUUACAAUUUUAG